CACAGAAGGAGGGCGCGUGGGGUGGAAAGCGGCGGGCUUUGCGACAAGCACGUGACAAGAAGUGAGCUUUACGGCAGCCGCCCGCUGUUUACAGGGAGACGGGAGCGCCCCGGGGCGGCCUUUGGCGUUCGCUCCGUCGCCAGACUGUGGUGGUUCUCUCUUCUCUCUCUCUCCUCUCUCUCUCGCGGGACAACUUACAACCGAAGCGUAGGACACUCGGCUGGCAAAGCGACAAAUCAGCAGCCAUUCCCACAGCGACGCCCGCGCCAGAGCGGAGGAUGAAUGAGCACUGGACCGGCGAUGGAGCGGCGUGCCGAGUGGGGGCUGCCCUCUCGUGACGCGGCCGCAGAGGCCGUGGGUGGCAGCAGUGGCUUCCACCUCCCCGAGGGCCAUGCGAGGUCCGAUCCCGGCACCUGGUACCUGCAAUUGUCCGGCUGCCUGUCGCUCACGCAGCCGCUCGUGGCCCCGACUCGCCCGCUGUUCUUCCCAACGCAGAGCUACGUGCCCGUGGCGCAAACGCCGGUGAGCGGCUAGCCUGCGCUGGGUGCUCUCUUGCCCGGUGUUUUCUUCCGCUGCUAUAUGCGUGCACUACUGCUUGGCCAAGCAGCAGCCUGUGGCAAUGUUCAACAUGGCCGACGCCAACUUCAAGCGCGUGUCCGCCUCCCUGCUGAACCCCAUGACGAUGCUGGCGCCGCGCCCCCCGCAAGAGGUCCCUUGCCCACCCACCAGCGACACCUCCGCCACCUCCACCUCGUGCCAAGUAAGCGGCUACGCCUGCGUGCCGUGCCCGACGGCCAUGCGUGGCGUGACGCCGCCAUUUCACCGCGGUGGCCUUGACGCCGACGCCUGCCGCCCCCGGGACCCUUACUGGGGGGACCAGGCGCCGGCAGUGCCUGCGGAUCACGGCUCCGGCCUGCUGACACCUGGCCAGUUUUGCUGCGGCUCGUCCGGCCUCCGUGCUCGGCAGCAGUCCGCGCCAUCCUAUCUGGCGUCGAUGGCAGCGCUGGCCUGCCCGGGCUGCGGGUCGCUAGCAACGGCCGGUGCCCCCGCGCUGCGCUGCGCCACCGAGGCGCUCUCUUCCUUGCCGUUCCCUGGCCACUGCACGAAGCACGACGAGCACCAUCGGCAGCACGUUCUCCUUCCUCCUGGUGGUGGUGGUGGUGGUGGUGGUGGUACCGCGUCGGCUCACCUGCACUGCCCCUCACUCCCGAUCCCGGUUGCACACGUGCAUGGGCACCACUGCCAAGGCUGCCACUGCAAGGGUGACGCGAGCGAGACGACCGUGUCCCAGCCCAGGCGGGGGUCCGCGCCGGGGCCCACCGACCCCUGUGGGCCCCUCCACGGCUCCAACGUGUGGCCCGACAUCCCUCCCCCGUCGCUGGUCAACGGGGCCUCCGCUCCGACGUGCACCCGAGACGUUGCGUCCGAGCUCCCUCCGCUGGGCGGGAUGAGCGGCGCGGGUGGAGCGGGCGACAGGGAUGGCCUCCCGCCGAUCGGCGUCUUCUGGGACAUUGAGAACUGCUCUGUGCCCACGGGCCGUUCGGCCAUGUCGGUGGCGCAGCGCGUGCGGCAGCGCCUGUUCGGUGGGCACCGCGAGGCCGAGUUCCUGUGCGUGUGCGACAUCAGCAAGGAGAAGCGCGAGGUCAUCCAGGAGCUGAACAACGCACAGGUGACGGUCGUGCACAUCAACGCGACGGCGAAGAACGCGGCGGACGACAAGCUUAAGCAGAGCAUGCGUCGCUUCGCCGAGACGCACUCUGCUCCCGCCACCAUCGUGCUCAUCUCCAGCGACGUGAACUUCGCCCUGGAAAUGAGCGACCUGCGCCACCGGCACGGCUUCACCGUGGUGCUGGUGCACAAGACACAGGCGUCGAGCGCACUGAUGCACCACGCCAACACGUCCAUCCGCUAUGAGGAGCUCGUCGAUGACCUGCCGCCCUGCCCCUCGCCCCAGCCCUGCCACACGUUGCUCUACAUCAACAACCUGCCGAGUGGCCGUGACACCCGUCAGGUGGGCGCUCGCCUGCGCCAGCUCUCCGAGAACUGCGGCGGCAAGGUCCUGAGCGUGGCCGCGGGCACCGCGUGCCUGCGCUUCCCGUCGCCGGCGCGCGCCCGCCGUGCCCAGCGCCGCCUCGACAAUGAGGACGUCUACGGCAGCCGCAUCUCCGCGUCCUUCCUGCCGCAGGAAGACGGAGGUGGCGGUAGCCAAGCGACGGAGGCGGCGGCGGCGCUCGGCAGAGAGAGACUGGAGGGUAACGAAAAGCCACGGUCGCCGGGUCCCCCCGCGCACCGGCGUGGAGGGGGCAGGCGGCACGACGCGGACGACCUCAACGGCGGCGGCGGCGGCGGCUUCACUGGUGGAAAUCACCACGGCAGCCACGGCGCCUGUGAGCGUGACUGCAGGACGGUCGAAAAACAGUUGCGGUCACCCGUUGCUGUUGCCGGCGGUGGCGGCGGCGGAGGCAGGCGCGGUCAACGACGGAUUGAUGUGGAGGAUGCUGGAAGGAACGGCGCCGCCGUCGGGCAUUCGUCAGCGUUGCCACUGCCGUUGUCGUCUUCUUCGCCACCACUAUCGACAAGUCGAGCCAAAGAGCAGCAGCCGAGGGACAGGGCAGGAACCGGCACGGGGGCCGUGGCGGCCGCUCCGUCCGGUCAGGAGAAGCAGCUGUUGAGCGGCGGGGCUCGGGCUAGCGGACGAGCGGCGCACAGGCACGGCGGGGCGGGGAAGAACCCGGAGGCUGGUGAUGGAGGAGCCAAGUGCUCGCUCCACGGAGAGGAACGGGCAGCGGGAAACCCCAAGGAAACCACCUCGGGUGGACGGCAGCAGCAGGCGCAACAGCCAAGUGCUAAGAGGCACCGGCGUGGAGGGACGGGGGGCGCUGGCAGGGGCAGCUCUCCUGGGCCUCCUGCUACUCCCCUCCUUGCGCGGGCUAACGCCCCCCAGAGAGGCGGGCGUGACACGGAGAUCACGAGGGCCGACUCGUGCCCGCCGCUGGUGCCUGAUGAAGAGGGCUCCGAGGCCACCGGGAAGCCGGUGCUCGUGGACGGCCCCCCUUCGGGGAACCCCGCGGCGUUCUUCCGGCCGCUGGCGCCAACCCCGCCACCGCCGGGCGCCAUGCCGCUUCUCCACGCCUCCCAUCAGCCCCCGUUUCCCAUCGUCGCCCCCUGCCCCAUCACCUGGGUGCCUAGCUCCCGGCUGGCGACUCCGUUGAACCAGUUGGUGUUCCCCGGCGGCCUGGUGUCCCGCACCACCGCGGUGGCUGGCCCCCCCCCACCGCACGGCUACCUCCCCUCGCCGUUCGGCUACGGCUAUCCGGGGAGCGGCGUGAGCCCCACCGACGUACUCAUCAGCAACCUGGACGGCAAGGCGCAGUGGAGCGACAUCAUGCAGGAGCUCAGCGACGCCUUCGCCAAGUUUGGGCAGGUCAAGGGCAUUGAGCUGCGCGGCCACGCGGAGCAGCAGCAGUUGCGGGCGCUGGUGCGCAUGGGCAGCGCCCAGGAGGCGGCGCUGAGCGCCAGCGCCCUGCAGCACUGCCAGGUCACGGGCCGCCGCGUCCACGUGUCGCUGGCGAGCGACGGCGUCGUCCACGAACCCCAGCGCACGUCGCCUCUGCAGACUCUCAGGCUGGAAGCCAUGGGGAUUCUGCACGAAGCGCCAGGGGCCACCCUGCCCCUCCACCUCUUCGCGGAGGUUUACGAGAAACGGUACGGGCGCAAGCUGGUGGUGUCGGACCUGCACAAGCUGACGGACUCGCUGUGCGUGCACGACCACGGCCCCGCGUGCCGCCUCGUGUCGCUGCUGCCGCUGCGGAACGGUCCCUACGUCGGGCCGCCCCCCGCCGCCACCAUGGCCGCCGCGGCGGCGGCCGCGGCGGCGGCGGCCACCAGUAGGGAGAGGGAGCGGGAGAGGAACUUCUCGUCGUGCGGCAGCAGCCCGGUGGUGAUUGAGGAGCUGGCACAUCACGACGCCUACUGCCCCGUCCACUCGCCGCACUCCGCCGCCACCGUGGACAUCGAGGAGCAUGACCUGGAGGUGGAGUACUCCCAGCUGCCCUUCGUGGUGAUGUCGCUGAAGACCUUCGCGGCGCAAGUGCACGCGCUACUCCACUCGCACGACGGCACCGUGCCGCUGCUCAGCUUCCCUGACUGCUACGAGGCCGAGAUGGGACCGCUGCCUCGCGACGCGCAAGCGGCGAUGGUUCCGACCGCGGAGGGCGACACGGCGGCGGAGGAGGAAAGCGACGACGCCGUUACGGAGGCGGCGGCGGUGGCCGCGACAGUUUUGGCCGCCGGCUGUGGCCGUGGAGUCCCGCUGGAGCACCUGGCGGCCUGCGUGCAGGGCGUCCACGUGGUGAUGGCGCAGAACGGCGUCAAGGUGGUCAAGUGGGUGCAGAACAAGCCGCCCCCGCCGAGCAGCGACACGUGGCUCGCGUCACGUUGCAAGAGCCCCGUGGGGAACCCGCAGCUGAUCGCGUUUGCGCGCGAGGUGGUCGAGCUGCUGCGCACCCAGCCGCGCUGCCUGCUGGCCUUCACGCGCUUCAUCCCCGCCUACCACCACCACUUCGGCAAGCAGUGCCGCGUGGCCGAGUACGGCUACGCCCGGCUCGGCGACCUGCUCGACGCCGUCCCGCACGUUCUGCAGAUACUGGGGCUGGGCGGGAGGCGGCUGCUGACGCUGACGCACCGCGUCCAGGUGAAGCGUUUCACUCAGGACCUCUUGAAGCUGCUCAAGUCCCAGGCCAGCAAGCAAGUGUGCUUGCAGGACUUUGCACAAGCCUACCACUGGUGCUUCUCGCGCGAGUGGGACGUGCGCGAGUACGGCAUGUGCGAGCUCUCCGACCUGCUGGCCGAGGUGCCUGAUGCCGUGGUCGCCAUGACUCCACAGGAGGGCGGCCCCGUGCUCUCCAUCCCCAUUAAAGUGCGCACGGAAGAGGAGCGGUCGCGCACGCGCGUGUUCGCGCGCGAGGUCGUCAAACUGCUGCGCCAAAUGCCGCGCGGGCGCAUGGCGUUCUCGCGCUUCAUCCCCGCCUACCACCACCACUACGGGCGGCAGUGCAAGCUGGCGCACUACGGCUUCACGAAGCUCACCGACCUCUUCGAGGCCAUCCCCGAGGUGGUCACCAUGCUGGAGCGCGGAGAGGACAAGCUGCUGGUGCUCACCGAAACGGAGCAGCUGAAGGCGCUGGCCUGCCAGAUCUCUCAGCUGCUGCGGGUGCACAAGGAUCAGCCCCACGGUGACACUGGGGAGCCCGCCGGCGCUGCCGGUGCCGCCUCCUCGUCCUUCGUGGCGGAGGGGCUGGCGCCGUCAGAGCUGCCGGCCGAGUACGCGCGCGCCGUGGGCCAUCCGCUGUACCUGCAGGACUACGACGUGAGCUCCGUCACGGAGCUCCUGUCCAAGAUCCCGCACGUCGUCAAGGUCGUGGACACCCCCGUGGGUCGGCGCAUUCAGCUGCUCUGCCACAAAUCGCAGAAGGUGGCCACCACCCAGCUUCUGCUGCUGCUCAUGUCCCAGCGCCCGGGGGCCUUGGUGAAGCUGGCGCUGCUCGAGCAGCUCUACCAUGCGGUAUUUGGGGCGCCGCUGGCGCCGCACGACUUUGGUUUCCUGUGCCUGGCCGACAUGCUGCGCACCAUGCACAGCAUGUUUGAGCUGGAGACGGAGAGCGGCACCGCUGUGGGCGUGCGCCUCACGCCGCUCCUGCAGUUCGCGGCGUGCGUGCGCGCCCUACUGCUCACCUACCACUACCACCAGAUCUCGCUCGCUGACUUCCCGAGCGCCUACGCGCAGUUCACGGGCAACAGCGCGGCCUCUGUGGCCUCCACCCUCGGCUUCGGCUCACUGGAGGAGGCCCUGCUCGCCUUCCCACAGCAGGUGGUCUGGGUAAAGAAACACAACAAGAUGCUGGUGCUAAAGCACGAUAUGAGUGUGCGACUGUCCUGCGCCUCGCCAGCCACCCUUCCCAGCGAGGAGGGGGAAAUGCACUCCGAGCCUUCCACACCUCCGCCGCCCGCCAGCUCCGCCGGGCUCUUCAUGGACGCCCGCGCCGGGGUCCUGAAUGCCGCCUCCCCGCAACGUGAGCAGCGACGCGGCCAAUCGCAGCGGCCUGCGGGCUGCGCGGAGCUGGCCCUUCCGGGCCCCUCGCUGGACGAGCUGCUCAGUGGGCCGCUGCCCCGCACGCUGCCCUCGCCCCAGCUGCGGCCUCACCCGGCGCCGCUGCUGGCGCAGCCCACGGCCGCCUACUCCCGUGACCUCAUCGAGUUGGAGCCGCCGGCAACCGGCGACAGCGAUCCGUCGUUCUGGAAUGCAGAGGAAGCGCUUGUGCCACCUUCGAGCUCUCCUCCGAAGCCAGCGAGGAGGAAUGGCUCCCUCGCCCGGCCUCUCGACAAGCAAGCUGACCCGGCGUCGUCGUCAUCAUCGUCAUCAAAGUCAUCCUCAUCAUCGUCAUCAUCGUCGGACGUGAGAGUCGAAGCGGGAUGCGAGUCGGCAGGGCCGGGAGAGACCGACAGUGUUAACGGCGGCAGCAGCAGCUACGGAGACGCCGACGGAGUCCAGGAAGAGAGCGAAGGGCGGGAUGACGCGAGAGGGGAGGAUGAGGCGGCGCCCGACAGCCCGUCGCGCCGACGCACUGGCCGCUCCCGCGUCCGCCUGGCGGUGAGCUUCUCGCUCGCGCCGCUGUGACGCCCCGCCAGCGGCGACGGCGCCCGCAAGGGGAAACCGACGCCGACGCCGAUGGCGCCGUCUGCACCGUUUGCCGUCUGGCCGCUUUGGCGCCAACGGCGAGAUUAACGAUGACCCGACGGCGCCGGCGCAGCGGCCGCGCAGGUGUCCCGUCGCCGACCACGGUACGGCAGUUCAACGUCCGCGCCGCCGACGACACCGCCGCGGCGAUAACGCAUGGCAGUGCCUUAGCACUGCCACCACCAGCAGCACUGUGACCGAGGUCACGGAAUCGUCGCAGGGCGCGAGCCCGCUGCAGGAGUUCCUCCUGCUCAUUAAACACCCUUUUUAAGACACACGAAAAAAAAAACCAAGGCGCGCGCCCCUUAACCCCAGGCUGCCACGGUGCGAAGUUGAAGCUUAGCCCGUGCAAAAAAGUAGCUUUAAAAGUUCACGAUCAAGCACGCCCGUUAACGGCGCUCUUGCGAUGUCGCCGCGACGGCCAUACCGGCUGUUGCCGUGAUGUGUCACUCGAGCCCUGUGACAGAAACGCACGACUUUGACUUUAAGUUAUUUUUUACGUGUACUUAUCGAAAGCUCAAAUACGUGCCCCCCAAGGCAGCCCACGCCGAGCAUAAAACAAACUUUGAAGCCACUCCAAAGACAGCCACCGAGGGUGAUGUACUAAAAACUACGCACGGUGACGGUCAUGCUGCUGCAGGCUUGCCACUGCAGAGCAGCCGUUCUCGCCCGACGGGGGCUUGCACUCGUGUCGGGCAACCCCGCGACGUGCAGCCACCCCCGCACCGUGUCCGGACGACAGGAGCCGCGCCGGUGUUGUGCGGGUUACGUCUAAGCAAAAGAGUCCCUACGGUGCGUUUAAAAAAAAAAAUAAUAAUCUCGUACACAAAACCAAAAUUUCAUUGCGGCCGGUGAAACACGAAUCAUCACAGUUUGGCUUAAAGUGGGCUUUUUUUCAGACUCUUUAUAUAUAUUUUUUUAAAUGUUUUUUUUAUAUAUUGUUUAAAAAUAAAAAUGAAAGUUUUUUUUUUAGCAGAGAAAUACUUAGCGAGGCUUCGGUCUCAAGCGCGCCCUGGUCUCACUUUCGUUGCCACGUUUUUGGAAAUUGCAUAACGACAAACGUAUUGCAUCAUCGUUGCCCCCAAGUUUGGCCAGGUUUUCAGUUAAUGGCCGCGAAUAGUUUUGCAAAAAGUUUAGCAAACUUCGUGUUGAAUUGGAAACUGGUAAUGAUUUCUCCUUAUACUUUUGUUUACAUUUUCUACGAGGUACCUUCAAAUAUGAAUGUUUUGGCUGCGACACUGCUAAUCGCCGAGCUGUGUAAUGAAUUAUUUGCGCCAGCGAGUAGAUUCGCCCUUCCGUUGGGAUGAUUAUGAGAAAAUAAAAAGGAAUAAAUAGGACCAGA